AUGUCUUUGUGUCAAAGCCUGGCCAUCAUCCAUCCAAAUACGGUUACAUGGCCAGGAGACGACGAGUUUGUUGCCGAGAAAGAGGAUUAUUUCUCCCGUCAGCAGUCUGACCUCUGUCCCAUCUGUUCCUACCGGCCCUUUAAUGAGACUCAGCUAUCGUACGCGGUCACCUGCGCAAGGGAACACCCUCUGUGCCCGAUUGCUAUCAAAAGCGGCGGCCAUGCAUCGUUUGCUGGGGCCUCUAACACAGCCAAGGGCAUCGUGCAAGUCGGGGCAGGAAACCGCUGGUCGAAUGUGUACAAGGAGCUCGAAAAAGUCAACCUCACCGUGGCAGGCGGCCGAACAGGGUCUCUCGGGGUCGGCGGAUUUACUCUUGGAGGCGGAAUUUCCUACUUCUCUGGCUUGUAUGGUUUGGCGUGCGAUAACGUGGGGAAUUAUCGGGUGGUGCUUGCAAAUGGAUCUCUUGUUGAUGCCAACUUGGAAACCCAUCCCGAUCUCUACUGGGCACUUAGAGGGGGAGGCAGCAAUUUCGCAAUUGUCACCCGGUUCGAUAUGUGCGGGAUCCCUCUCACCUACAUGUGGGGAGGCCUACGGAACUAUACCAAGGAGUGGAUUUCCACCAUCGUCAAUAUCUACGUUGAGCUAGGUUUACGCUCCCCAUCGGAGCCCUCCACCUCGCAGAUCACCACCCUUUUUUACCGGGACGACGAGUAUACCGCCACAGUCCACCUCACUAACACUAACUCCGAACCGAGCCCUCUGCUCGUCGACACAGGGCUGGCCAAGGUACCCUACACGUCCGACACCUACGCCGUCACGCGCCACUCCCAACUGGCCCAAGACCUGACUGACGGCCAACCGGACGGACUGCGCCAGACCUACUGGACCGCGACGUACCUUCUCGACCGGGCGCUCGCGCACUUUAUCCACCAGGUCUUCGAAGAAGAGACCACCGCCCUGGGCCCCCUCGACGGGCUCGAGGCGCGCUGCAUCAUGCAGACCUUUGCGAAGAAUAUCCUCCGCCCCAUGACCUCAAACGGGGGCAACGCGCUUCCGAUCGCCGGGGGCAAUCAACCGGUCAUGAUCUUGAACCCGGCCUUCCGCUGGCAGCAGGCGAGCGAUGACCUGAAGGUCAUGCAGGCCAAUCAGAACCUGUUCGUGCGCGUCAAGCAUUACGCCCGAGAGCGGGGCCUUGACGUUGAAUUCCUGUACAUGCCGUAUGCCAGCGGGUUUCAGAAUGUGUUCGCGACCUAUGGCCAGAGAAAUCUCGAUAGGCUGCGAGAGGUAUCGAGAACGUACGAUCCGGAUGGGUUUUUCCAGAGGCAAACACCAGGGUAUUUCAAGCUUAAUGGGCGGGUGGGCUUUUGA